GCGACCAUUCCAGGGCUGCCUGUUCAUUGCUGAUUCCCAUUCCAUUCGCAUCACAUGCAUCCAUGAAUUGCUGUCUGGCUGCCUUGCCCUUUUCACUCCACUCCAGUUAGCACUAGUGUUACAGAGCCCAUGCUAUGCCAUGCCAUGCUCUGCUCCGGGCAACCACUACAUAGUGUACUGAAUUGAAGCAGCAUGAAGAAGCAGCGGAUCCCCUUCUUCGUCGUCUUCUUCUUCUUCAUCCUCAUGGUGGCCCUUGCUGCCGAUGCUGAUGAUUCACAGGAGUUGCAUGUGCAGCAGCAGCAUCGCUCGAGCAUCAGAUCCCUGCUCCAGGCUCCCCCGAAGAUAGACUGCCCGUCGAGUUGCGUGGUGCGCUGCGGCAACAACUGGAAGAACCAGAUGUGCAACAAGAUGUGCAACGUCUGCUGCAGCCGCUGCAGCUGCGUGCCGCCGGGAACCGGCCAGGACACACGCCACCUCUGCCCCUGCUACGACACCAUGGUCAACCCGCACACCGGCAAGCUCAAGUGCCCGUAGCCUAGUGCGUGCUAUGUAUGCUAUCAUCUUCAUGUUAGUUAUAUCAGCAACUCCCUACCUCUGCUAUACUCCACUAAGCCCCCAGAGUCCUUUUUGGUUCUCAUGCAUGCUCAAGAUGAACCUUUAAUAAUAAGAGCACUAGAUUCAUUGGGGCAAAUACUCUUUGUAAAGGUUCAACGUGUUCAGCUGGUUUUCUGCCAAAAGACAGGAUCUUGGUCUGCUGGGAAAUACCAUCAGGUAGUUACGGUUUAGCUAGUUCAAACCAUUUUCAAGAUGACCAUCCAGUGAGUGAGUAAGAGAGACAUGUUUAUGACACAAAUCAAACUA